GCACUACUAAAGACACGGAGUGCUCAGCAGCAGAACAUCCAGUGGACGUGGAACAUCAAGAAGGGGAAGCAGAAAACCAAAAAACCCUAAAUGAAAUUAUGAAAUCCUAUGAAGAUGUCAAAAUCACCUUGAGAGACAUCUUGAACAUUGGGCAGGAGACUAUAAAUGAAGUUAUUCCCCAGACUGUAAAAGAUCUUCUCUGGGCUCUUCUAAGUAGACUAAUGGCUCUAAACAGAACUGCAAGAGCAAUUCAACUUGAGGAUAUUUCUGAGAAUUUAGACUCAUAUACGAAUAGUCUAGAAGAGGAUAUAUUUCAGAAAAUGAAUUUGUAUGGCAAAGAUUCUUACAAUCCAUUAGAUAUCCUGUGUGCUCUAUUGAAUUGCUCAGAUAUGUUUUUACAACAGAACAUCUUGUCAAAAAUGGCCACAUGUCAAUUUGCACUCCCACUGCUGCUCCCCACUCACAAUAGCCCUAACUGCAUGUUCAUGUUAUGGGCUAUGAGAGACAUUGUCAAGAGAUGGAGACCCCACACAUACACAGAGAGCAAAGGAUUUAUAGAAGAGAACCUGGUUCAAGUAGAAAUGCCAUUGUUCUCCUUUGUGAGACUGGGGCAAAGCAAAUUAUCCAAAUCUAAAAUCCUUAAUCAAGUGCUCAGCCCAGCUCAGCAGUACCAGGACUUCUUUAUUCAUGACAAUAUGGAGGGUGGGAACACUGAAAGACAAAUCUCUGAUGGCCUAGUGGAAAUCUCCUGGUUUUUACCUGUUGGAAGAGAGAAUUCUGACAAUUUCCCAGAACCUGUUGCUGUUACUAAUUUGCGUGGAGACAUAGAGUCUAACUGGACCCAAUUCAGCUUCCUAACCCAGGUCUCAUCAGCAGUGUUUGUAUUUGCUGAGAGCAUUAAUGAGACACAGUGUGAGCUAUUAGCCCAGUGUAGUAAAUCCAACACCAACUUCUAUUUCAUCAUUACUCCUAGUGGGAAAGGUGUCAGUAAAGAGACAUCAGAAUCCUUCAAAAAGUUACUCUCUAUUCCAAGUAUUCAUAAAUCACAUAUCCUGAUUAAAGACAAAGGAGUAAAUGAUGGAAGACUAGUGAAAAAUAUACAGAACAUAAUCAGACAUUUUUUGAAAGUAUGUGUUCAAGUAAAGCUGGAAGAUUUAGCAAAAACAGCCACUGAACUUGGCAUCAAGGUGGAUGAAAACUCUCAGGAAUGUCAGAUAGCAAAAGAAUGUGCCACAGAAAUAACUAAAGAGAUACAAGAUGUGGUACAAUAUAAGAAAGAGACAAUUCAACUACAAGGGGAUCUGUGGAAGCAAGUGGCCCAGAUAGAGAAGGAAUUGUGCAGAAUGAGAAAACAAGGGAAUAGAAAUAUAGAAGAAUACAAAUCCCAACUGAUGAAAGAUCUUAAAAUGUUACACAUGAAGCAGAACCAACACGAUCUACCAGAUCCUAUGAGUAAGUUUAUUUCUGCCAUCACACAUUUGUCUCAGGAAGAGAAACAUUAUUUCCUUACAUGGAUGAAAUUUGCACUUGACUCAAUGGCUAGAAAUAAUCUUUCUAUAUUGAAGGACAAAUACAAGGACAAAUGCAACAAUAAAGAAAAUAAUCAUGAGGAACUGAAGCAGCUAGACCUGCAGAUAUCUGACAGUACUUUGGGAGUAGAACAUUUUCUGCGGGAGAUGGGGCAGUUUUAUGAGGCAGAAUGUUCAAUGGUGAGUCAAGGCAAAAUCAAACGAGAUAAAAUACAAUUCUGUAAUCUCCCAGGAAUUGCUGCUGAUCUGCUCAUAGAUGGAUUCCCAUUGGAGCUGAUAGAUGGAGAUGCCUCCAACAUCCCCCUUCAGUGGUUAUCUGACCUUCUGACAGAACUGGAUAAAAAAACAGGAGGGAAAUGCAGAAUGAGAGUAAUCACAGUGCUGGGAGUGCAGAGCACAGGGAAAUCCACCCUCCUGAACACCAUGUUUGGGCUGCAGUUUUCAGUGUCCAGUGGACGAUGCACACGAGGAGCCUUCAUGACACUCAUUAACGUGAAAGAGAAUCUCCAGGAGAACUUGGGCUGUGACUUUAUUCUGGUGAUUGACACUGAAGGUCUGAAGGCCCCAGAACUGGCUUCUCUGGAGGACAGCUAUGAACAUGACAAUGAGUUGGCAACUCUAGUGGUUGGGCUCAGUGAUAUCACUAUAAUCAAUAUGGCCAUGGAGAAUACAGCAGAAAUGAGAGAUACACUGCAGAUUGUGGUUCAUGCAUUUCUUAGGAUGAAGCAAAUAGGGAAGAAACCUAAAUGUCAGUUUAUUCAUCAGAAUGUAAGUGAUGUUUCUGCUGAUGAUAAUAACCUGAGGGAUAGAAAGAAACUCCUGGAGCAGCUGGAUGAGAUGACCAGAACAGCAGCCAACAUGGAAAAAAAGAGCGGGAUCACUAAAUUCAGUGAAAUCAUGGAUUAUAACUUGAUGGAAGACAACUGGUACAUUCCUGGGCUUUGGUACGGUGUCCCACCCAUGGCUUCUGUAAACUCCGGCUACAGUGAGAAUGUGCAUGAACUGAAAAAAUAUUUGUUUAAAUUCAUGGAGAAACGGGAAAAUCUCCAACAACCCCAGAAUAUUGUUGAAUUUAUUGAAUGGAUAAGAAGCUUGUGGAACUCUGUGAAACAUGAGAAUUUCAUCUUCAGCUUCAGAAACAGCCUGGUAGCUGAAGCUUACAAUCAGUUAGCAAUGAAAUACUCUCAGUGGGAAUGGGACUUCCGCAAACAGAUUCAUACCUGGCUCAUUAGCACUGAGAACAGUAUUAAGAAUCAGUCAGAAGAUAAACUGCAGCCAGAAACAUGUCAAGAAGUUAAAGCUAAAUUGAUUUCUUCUCUUAACAAACAAAAGGAAAUUAUGUUAAAAUUAUUAAAUGAAUAUUUUGAGAGUAAAACUGACAAUGUUCAGUUGGUUGAAAAGUACAGAGAAGAUUUCUCCAGAGGGGUGAAUUUUCUCCAAAAGGAGCUGGAAUAUUCUGUCACAGCAAAGAUUGAUGAGACUAUUAGAAUCCAAAAGGGAAAAUAUCAAAUAAAGAAAAUAGAGGACAGUUAUCAAAAAACAAUUGAGGCCAAAGUCACUAACCUCCUAAACCAAGUCAGAGAAAAGAAAAUUCAGCUUAAGGAAGAUGAAGUAGAAAAAGAAUUUGAGAAUAUGUGGAAAAGUACAAUAGCUGAGCUGCCAAAGAAUGUUCUACAGAAACGCAAUGUCACUAAAGAUAUGUUACUAGAUCUAAAACGGGACUUGUCUAACACAGGGAGCUCUAUAAAAGAGAAAUUUCUCUGUAUAGAACAUUUAGAUAAGUUUGGAAAUUUUGAAUUCCAAAUUAAAGAUCACCAUAUUGACAUAAAAUGGUAUUCACGUUUGAAAGAAUUUGUGACCAAUGAAUGCCAUAUUAAAACAGAAAAUCUUGCUUACACUUUAAUAGAAAGAUGUUCAGAUUAUGUAACAGAGAAGGUUAAUACAGGAGAAGACUAUGAUGGGACUUAUUGCCAAGAAUUGCUCAAUAUGAUCAAUGAAAGGCUCCGGGAGGAAGAUGCUAAGAACCUGCACAUUACCCAUGAGUUUGAUUUGGAUAUAAAACUCCAUAUCUUGGGGAGCGCAGCUCGGAUGUUCCAGAUAAUGCAUGAGACUUUCCUUAAAACUGAUCCUAUGCUGUGUCUGGAAAAACUUAAACCUUAUUAUUUAAGUGCAUUUAAAAAUAUAUUCCAGGAAAAGGAUGAAACACAAAGUAGAGCCAAACAGUUCUGUGAGCUCUGCCUGAAGCCGGCAAUAACCAACCAGAUUUAUAAACAUCUGGGGAAGGAUAUUGUAGAAGAUAUUCUGUACAAUCAAAGUGCCAAAGAAUUGAGCAGCCGCAGUUUUUUUCAGUCACAUGUACUUCAAAAACUACUGGAAGAGAAGGACUUUUCUCAGUAUGCAUCCUACAGCCAUUGUUAUGAGUUGUUUGUGAAACAAUGGCUAAAACAGUACAUAUUAAAGACUUAUGAAACUGGUCUAGAAAAUUUGCAAAGAAAAAUUCUUUCUGAUAUCUGUAAAAAAAUCAAAGCCGUUUUUGAAGAGUUACAAGACAUUCUCACUGUUUCAGACUUUUUGAAAACAUUUUGUGGGCUGUUAAAAAGUGAAUUAGUAAUAUCCCAGAUGGAGUUGCAGUUGGUCAGUUUUCACAACAAAGCAGAUAUCAAACAGUUCUCAAUGGGACAUUGAGUUUUGUCUCACGGAAACAGAGAACAGAUC